UCAGUUCGUGCGCCAAACCAAACAGUUGCCGGCUGACUGUCGCGCGAUUUGGGAGUUUCGAUAAUUUGCUUUCUCUCAUCAUCAGCAUGAUCGUGGAAGCGAAAUAAUGCGCGUGAUUAUCUCAACAUAUAAACGAAAAUUAUUAAUUAAUAUACACGCGCGAGUGCGGUGCUAGUUACAAGUUAUUUAGUACGUGUUUUUGUGAUAUAUUUUUCAAAUAAAUCUACUAUCAUUAAAUUUAAAGGUAGAUUCAAAUAAGACUGUUAAAGUGCCAAACCUGCAUAGGAGUUAAGACAUUUGUUACUAGUGGAUUUUGAAGAGUUUAUGGUUCUUUCUAAUUAUACACCAUGGAUUUUACAAAAGAAAACGUCAAUCCCAAUCCUAGAGAUAAAGCCACACCAUUCGGUCUGAUCUUUUUCACAUACACGAUUGGGAUGUUCAAAAAAGGUUACUCGAAGACUUUCGAAGUGGAUGACCUGUACAAUCCCAUCAAGAGUGAUAGAAGUAUGAUUUUGGGUGAUAGGUUGGAAAGGGCAUGGAAUAAAAUUUAUGAAAAAUCCGUCCAGAAAAAUCGAAAACCCAGUCUUUUUAUUAGCACUUAUCACCGCAUUUUGCCAGAAUACACAAUGUUAGCAAUAAUAAUGAUAUUAAUGAAUGUGUUCAGUUUGCUGGAACCAUUAAUGUUAGGAAACCUCUUAAACUACUUCAGGAACGAUAGUGAUAUUACUAAAGAUCAGGCGUUCAUAUAUGCUGGUGCUAUUGUAAUUUGUAUUUUUGCUACUACACUUUUGAAUAACCAAUAUAUCAUGGGUGCUUUUCAUGAUGGAAUGAAAGUAAGAGCAGCUGCAUGUGCUCUUAUAUACAGAAAGUCGUUAAGAUUGAGUAAAACAGCUUUGGGAGAAACGGCAUCAGGAAAAAUUGUGAAUCUGUUGUCCAACGAUGUUAGUCGAUUCGACUUGGUCAGUAUUUUCAUCCAUCACAUGUGGGCCUCCCCAAUCAUCACAUUUAUUGUUACAUACUUCUUGUGGGCAGAAGCAGGAUGGGCAGGACUAAUUGGUAUCGCAACUGUAUUUGUAGUAGUACCAAUUCAAGGCUAUACGGGUAAACUGUCCGCAGUCUACAGGAAAGCUACAGCUUUGAAAACUGACGAAAGAGUUCGAUUGAUGGAUGAGAUUCUUUCAGGUAUACAGGUUAUAAAGAUGUACGCCUGGGAGAAACCAUUUGCCAAGCUAAUUAAAUUUGCUAGAAAAGCUGAACUAAAAAUUAUUACUAAAUCUUCAUACGUCCGAGGUCUCUAUAUGACCUUUAACCUGUUUACUACUCGAGUGGCCUUAUUUAGUACUCUUAUUACUCUUGCCUUAACAGACAAACCAAUCACCGCCUCAGCAGCUUUUGUUUUGAUGUCUUACUUGAACUUAGUUUCUCAUACAAUGUCUCAAAUGUUUGUAAGAGGUAUAUCUGAAAUGGCUGAGCUUAUUGUGGCUAUUCACCGUUUGGAAGAAUUUAUGCUUAACGAUGAAUUUGAUGCUCAAAAACCGUUAUCUAUGAGCGACAAUAACGAAGAAGAUAAAUAUAUAGUUAAAUUGCAAGACCUAACAGUAAAAUGGAACGCCAGAUUAUCAGAUACUGCUUUAGAUAACAUUAAUCUAUCAGUCCGAAAGGGAAUGCUUGUUGGCAUUAUUGGCCCAGUAGGAAGUGGAAAAAGUUCGCUACUUCAAACAAUUUUAGGAGAACUAGAAUUGGUAUCCGGAAAAAUUAAUUUAAACGGAACUAUUUCUUAUGCAUCUCAAGAGCCUUGGGUCUUUGCCGCAACAGUUAGGCAAAAUAUUUUGUUUGGGGCAGAUUAUGAUAAAAAGAGGUAUAGCGAUGUAGUGAAGGCGUGUGCACUGGAAAAAGAUUUCGACCAGUUCUCUAACGGCGAUUUAACUAUUGUUGGCGAUAGAGGAGCCUCUUUAAGUGGUGGACAGAAAGCUAGAAUUAAUCUUGCCAGAGCAAUCUACAGGGAAGCUGACAUUUAUCUGCUAGAUGAUCCUCUAUCCGCUGUAGAUAUCCAUGUUUCUAAACAUCUUUAUGAUCUCUGUAUCAAUGGUUAUCUUUGUGACAAAACUCGUAUUCUAGUAACUCAUCAAGUGCAUCAUUUAAAGGACGCUGAUCAUAUUAUUAUCUUUAAUAAUGGAAAAAUUGAAAAUGAAGGUUCGUUUAAAGAAUUAUCAGAAAGUGAUAAUCUCUACGCCAAAUUGCUAACCAGCGAACCGGAGAUUUCCGAAGAAGAGAAGCAAAAACUUACGGAAUACGCCAGGGCAGAUAGGAAGAUGUCUGUAAAGAGUAUUAAAUCUCUGGCAAGUGCGUUAAGUGAACUUAGCAUACCUGAAGCAAUAUUAGCUGAACAGGAUGAGGAUGAUGACGAAAAAGAAGAUGAACCGGAAAUUAAGAUGAAGGAUCUUCAGGAAGAAUCUUCCAAAGGAAAAGUUCACGGAAGUUUACUACUAAAAUAUUUCUUUGCUGGAGGAAAUUGUUGCUUUGUCUUCACUGUUAUUGCCUUAUAUUUAUUAGCUCAAGGUGCAGCUAUGGGGGUAGAUUACUUCGUCAGUUUUUGGGUGAAAGUAGAAGAGUUGAAAACAACGAACCUCAAUUUAACAGCUACAGGAAAUAACGUUAACAAUAUUACUUCUGAUGUAGAAAUUUCUCCUCUAAACGUAUUCGAUGCGCUUCACUGGGAACGAGAUACCUUUAUAUAUAUUUAUGGAGGGCUAGUUUUGGCACUAUUCUUCUUAGCAUUAAGUCGCUCCAUGCUGUUCUACAAGCUAACUAUGAUUUGCUCUCAAAAGUUACACGACAGUAUCUUCUCUAGCGUUGUUCGAGCUCCCAUGAGAUUUUUUGAUACCAAUACCGGUGGAAGAAUUUUAAAUAGAUUUUCAAAAGAUAUAGGAUCAGUAGAUGAACUGCUGCCUAAAGCAAUUUUAGAUGCUUCUCAAUUAAUUUUGAUGGCAUUGGGAUCAAUUGUGCUCAUAACUGUAGUUAAUCCAAUGUUUUUGAUUGUGGUGGUUGUGAUCGGUGCUAUUUCUUUAGUUUUACGAAGUAUAUUUUUAAGGACUUCGAAAAAUAUCAAACGACUUGAAGGCAUAAUGAGAAGUCCAGUUUUUACACAUUUGAAUGCGACUUUAAACGGUUUAACAACGAUUCGUGCAUUUGGAGCUCAGAAUAUUCUACGUGAUGAGUUUGAUAAACAUCAAGAUUCCCACACCAGCGCUUGGUUUAUGUACAUUGCUGCCAGUUCAGCGUUUGGGUUCUGUAUGGAUCUCCUCUGUUUUAUUUUCAUCACUUUAAUUACCUUCAGUUUUCUAACUUUUGGAGAAGAUAUUGGGUUGAGCGGUGGAGAAGUUGGAUUAGCCAUUACACAAGCAAUUUCAUUAUCCAUGAUGGUACAAUGGGGUUUGCGCCAGUCUGCCGAAGUAGCUAAUCAGUUAAUGUCGGUAGAAAGAGUACUAGAAUAUAAACAAUUACCAGCGGAAAAAGAACCGGUAAACCCUAAAAAUCCACCCUCCAGCUGGCCUGACAAAGGGGAAGUAAUUUUUGAAGACAUGGGACUGAAAUAUGAUGAGGAAGGAGCUUUGGUUUUGAAGCACUUGGAUUUGACGAUUAAACCCAAUGAAAAAGUUGGAAUUGUGGGAAGAACUGGAGCAGGGAAAUCUUCGUUGAUCUCCGCACUUUUCCGUUUAGCAAACGUAGAAGGCAAGAUCAAAAUUGAUGAAAUGAAUACACAAGAUAUUCCUUUAGAAACUUUAAGAUCAAACAUUUCUAUAAUACCGCAGGAUCCAGUUCUGUUUUCUGGUACAUUGCGUUAUAAUUUAGAUCCGUUUGAUCAAUACAACGAUGAUACCUUAUACAAAGCUAUUGAAGACGUCGAAUUAAGAGAUCCAGCUAACAUAAUCAACAGAUUGGAAAACAGAGUAAUGGAUAGAGGGGCCAACUAUAGUGUAGGACAAAGACAACUCAUUUGUUUAGCCAGAGCAAUUAUUCGUAAUAACAAAAUAUUAAUGUUGGAUGAAGCUACUGCUAACGUCGAUCCACAAACCGAUGCCUUGAUUCAGAAAACCAUCCGGAAGAAGUUUGCCGACUGUACUGUCCUUACAGUCGCUCAUCGUCUCAACACAAUAAUGGAUUCUGAUAAAGUUUUGGUUAUGGACUCUGGAACGAUGGUUGAAUUCGAUCACCCGCACAAUCUGUUGCAGAAUCCAAACAGUGUUUUCUACAAUAUGGUACAAGAAUCGGGCAGAUCUAUGUCCGAGCAGCUCAGAAAAAUAGCAAAGGAGAGUUUUUUAAGACAAGAUAGUCUCCUAGAAUAGCCCAAAGCCUGAUUUUAUUCUGGUAUUAAAUAUUAUGUGUUUUAGAAGCUAACAAAACUUAAAAUGUUUCACACUGUGAUAGUAUUAUAAUUACUUACAUAUUAAAGUAUAUUUCUUAAUUUUGUGCAUUAGAACUCGGUGAUAAAAAUAUUAUAUCUUUAAUAGUUUAGUUAAUAAAUAACAGAAACAAUAUAUUUUAAUACAUCCAGAGUAACUGGUAGAAACAUACAUAGAGAAACAAUUUAGUAUGGUGCUAAAAUACUUAAUGCAAUGAAUACAAAUCUUGUUAGUUGUAAGAUUAAACGUAGUUUUUAAGGCAGCCUAUUUGCAAUGGAAAUCCUACUUAAUUUUUUGUUUUUUUAAUUAAUAUUUUUUUGUUUUAUAUAUUUAUAAAGCAAGUUUUUAAUUAUAACAACUAUUUAUUGUAAAGUCUAAAAGGAAAAUUAAUGGUGCUUAAAUGUAAAUGUACUUAAUUUUUAUAUACUUAGAUAAACAUUAUAAAUAAUUGAUAUUUUUUAAGUGUAAAUAUUUAUGUAUUUUCUUAAUUAUAUAGAAUUAUAUUGAUAUUUUUA